UCGUGGUGCGUUUGAUUUUCUUCAAUAAAUUAUGGAAGAUGCGGAAAAAUCACCAUCAUCGGAGUCGGAUAAACAAUACGUUAUAACGAGACGUCCUAAAUGUGCAAGGUGUAGAAAUCACGGUAUGAUUUCUUGGCUCAAAGGUCAUAAAAGGCAGUGUAGAUUCAAAUCGUGUAUUUGCGCCAAAUGCAAUUUGAUUGCUGAAAGGCAACGUGUAAUGGCAGCUCAGGUUGCUUUAAAACGCCAACAAGCUGCGGAAGAUGCAAUAGCAAUAGGAUUGGCGGCAGUUGCCACUGGAAACCAGUUCGGGUAUUUACCACCAGGCCCUAUAUUUGGUAUGAAAAUAACUGACCCACAGGAUAAGGAAAGAAAUGCUGAAAAUUCUUCAACCGAAACAUUGAGUUCUUCCAACAAUCCAGAUGCAACAAAUUGCGCACUUUCGGGCGAAAUUCCAACCACAGCUUUGGAAAUGUUGUCAAAAUUAUUUCCAGAGAAGAAGAAAUCUGUCUUGGAGUUGGUUCUUCGUCGAUGUGGAGAUGAUUUACUCAAGGCAAUCGAACAAUGUAAUCCUUUGAAAGAAGACUUGAGCUGUUUCAAAUACGACUGUUUGAGAAAACAUGGGAAGGAAAGUGUUGAAAAAUUUAAAAAUUGUCAAAUAGAAAAACCCGAAUAUCAUUUACUGAACAAAAUCGUCAAAUUGGGCAGCGAUUCGAAUUUCAAUCCGUCAAAAUCUGCAUUUCAUCCUUUUGUUCCCGAAGAACCACCAGCAGCUCAUCAAAAUAUACGCAGAGAUGAAAUGUUGCCCAAUUUUCGCCUGAGUUAUGGAAAUAGUCACAAUUUACCGGAAGCUCAUCAGAACAACAAGAAAGAUGUUCAAGAGUUAUCUUCUGUUUUAAACUACAACAACAGAUUGUUAUCUGGGAUGAUUACCUCUGGUAUUCCACAUCACGCGACGCUUUUGCAAUUACCCGCCACUCAUCAUCUAUAUUCAGGUUCUGCUUCAGUUUUAUCUUAUGAACGAUCUCCAUUUUACCAACCCAUUGGUGGUCCUUUACAUUCAAUUUUGGUACAACCUAGACCUCAUGGCAGUUGCCGUUGUGUUGAAUGUAUUACUGCCUCUGCAGAUUCCACCAAUUAA